AUGACCUUACAACUCUCUACAACUCCCCGAAAGCAGGUUGUCGCCAGGCGCAUAGGCACUGUAAAGCGCUGUGAAGCACUGACGGUCGGGCGGCCGGCCUGCAGCGGCCCCGGGCCCGGCUCCCGCCCGCCCAGCGCCCGGGAUUUGCAGCUGGCCUUGGCAGAGUUAUAUGAAGAUGAAGCUAAAAGACAGUCAUUGUGUUCUGACAAGACAACAACUACAAAGAUCAGUAACCCAAAGGCAUCACAGAGUCUUAAACUGGAUUCUCUUAAAAGGUUGAGAAAACCAGAGAGAAGCAUGAGUGAUGACAAAGAAAACCAAAGAUUUUAUUCAGGUGACUCAGAAUAUAGAGGAUUACAGAUUUCUGGGGCUUCUAAUAAUCCAAGUAAAAUUGUUGCUGAACUCUUCAAGGAAGCAAAAGAACAUGGGGCUGUACCAUUAGAUGAAGCCUCAAGAGCAUCUGGUGAUUUCAGUAAAGCCAAGUCAUUUUCUGGUGGUGGAUACAGAUUGGGUGACUCAUCACAAAAGCACUCUGAAUACAUAUAUGGAGAAAGUCAGGAUGUUCAAAUUUUGCUGAAACUGUGGAGGAAUGGAUUCAGUUUAGAUGAUGGCGAGUUGAGAUCCUAUUCAGAUCCAACAAAUGCUCAAUUUCUUGAGUCAGUUAAAAGAGGGGAAAUUCCUUUGGAACUGCAGCGACUUGUUCAUGGUGGCCAGGUAAAUUUGGAUAUGGAAGAUCACCAAGAACAGGAAUAUGUGAAGCCCAGACUGCGAUUCAAAGCUUUCAGUGGCGAAGGACAAAAGCUUGGAAGCCUUACACCUGAAAUAGUCAGCACACCUUCUUCCCCAGAGGAGGAGGAGAAAUCCAUUCUUAAUGCACCUGUCCUGAUUGAUGAUUCCAUGCCAGCAACUAAAAUUCAAAUUAGAUUAGCAGAUGGAAGCCGGUUAAUACAAAGAUUUAACCAAACACACAGGAUUAAGCAUAUUCGAGAUUUCAUUAUCCAGUCCCGUCCAGCUUUUGCAACAACGGAUUUUGUUCUUGUGACUACCUUUCCAAAUAAAGAGUUAACAGAUGAAAGCCUGACACUACAAGAAGCAGAUAUACUUAACACUGUGAUUCUUCAGCAAUUAAAGUGAUCUUGUGAUUGUUGUACAACAUAGGGACCCUGCUGUACUGUCAUACAAUAUGUUUCCAACAGAUGAAAGAAAGAAGAUAUCAGUGUCUUUUUAUUUCCUCUUUUCCAGGGAUCAUAUUUUUGGAUUUCAUGUCUUCCAGCUAUAACAUAUCUAACUUUUUUAUUUUAAUUUCUCAAUAUUAUUCAGGUUAUUUUCAGUGUUAAAAUGAAUGUUCUGUGUGUUAAUAUGUUUCAAACCACAACUUAUACUAAAUGUGAAAUGAGAUAGGACUUUGUGACUCAUUGUUUUGAGGGGGGUGGGGAGAGGAGCAUUUUUCUGAAGGGGACAGUGUCUUUCAUAGAGUUGGUAAGAUUUGCACUAUGGAAAUGUUCUAUGCUGCAUUGACAAACAGCCAUUUGAAAACUUAGACUGUAGGUUAUGUUUACCUUGAAAACUGUAUUAAUAUUGAGAUGUUCUUUUAAUAGGUUUACAGAUAAUUAAUGCCCUAAUAUAAUUUUUGUACGUUCUAUUUGUAGUGUUUCAUGGUGUAGUAUAAUAUUUAUAUUCUAGUUUUUAUGUCAUUUUCCUUGUAUUGUUGCUCGUAUGAGUGAAUCAGUUCAGGAGAUGCAAACCUCAGCUGUUGCACACUAUAAUAGAAUGUUCUUAUUUGUAUUCUAGUUGUACUACUUGUGAUGAAAACAAAUAUGAAUUUUUUUCUUCUUGAAAGUUAGAGAAAUGUGAGAGACCACUGUCAUCUGGGGAACUGAUGUGAUUUACAGGAGGCCUCUGGUCAUUAUGAAUCUGAGUAUGCAGUUGGACCCUGUGCAACAGCGUGAUUUCUUACACAAACAGUUACUUAACCCCAAACAAAAAUACACUGAGGUGCACAAACACAGAACUGAACUAAUUUUGUGCAUGCAAGUGACAGCAUAAAUGUGUUAAUUGGUCACAUAUUUUUGACCUGAAUUUCAGUUGUUUAUAUUUGGAAUUUUGGCCAAAGGUAUUUUGUUGUAUUCACUGGGGAUUUGGUUGUGCAGCUUUCACUGUGCUUGUUUGGAAGCUGUAUAAUUAAACCCCUUCAUCUUUGAAAUGACAUAUUUUUUAAAAAACUUGCCCCAACACUGCAGUAAGCAGGUAGGAGUCUUAUGUUGGGGGAUACUCGCUGCUGUGCUUUAGUAGUAUGCAGUUUUUUAGUAUUUUUGGACUUAGAUGAGUGGAUCACACUCUGAAGGAGAAUAGGUGGGCUGUAUCUCUUGUACCAAUAUGUGCUAAAAAUUGCUGUUUUCCAUGUUUAUUUUGUUCUGAAAAUAUCAAUACUUGUUUAUUUAUGUUAAGGUUAUAAUUGCUUCGUAUAUUCUUACAUUUUUACCUCAAAGUAGAUAUUUGACUGAGUAGAUCUUAAACAUGCAGUUGUAUUUGAAGUAUUUUGUUUUGCAGUGUGAAUAUCUGCAUGAUUUUAAUCAUAAUUCAUUUCAUGUGCUAAGUAAUUAAAGUUUUAUGUUUAAGAUCACA